AUGAAUCCAAUAUUCAACAAUACAGGCGGCUUGGACAAAGCCAUUCUCAAUCGGUAUUUAGCAUUACCUCAACCUGACAACAAGGUUAUGGUUACAUACAUCUGGAUUGAUGGUACCGGAGAGAAUGUCCGAGCUAAGACUCGAACUCUUGAUCAGGAACCAAAGUCACCAGCUGAUAUUCCAUGGUGGAAUUUCGAUGGUUCAUCAACUGGACAAGCUGAAGGUUCAAAUUCCG